UAAACUUCAUGCUAUCGUGUUGUGUUGCAACUAACGUUAGCUAGUUUUGAAAGAGUUAACGUUAGCAUUGUGCCAAGUGAUGUUUUCCUAACGUGCUUCUUCGACGAGUGUUGAAACGAGUUAAGCAAUGUUUGUUCGCUAACUCCGCGAACAGUCCUAAUCUUACAGUAUUUGGGUUUUUAUUGCACAACUGUUACGUUAGCGUUAUAUGAACCUUAAAUAUUUAAUGGACGAGGAAAGGUAUGAGUAGAAACGCCGUUACGCCCCCUGAAGAGCUCGUUACACCAGCCAGUGCUACAGCAGGUUAUAUCUAACGUAAAUGUGUUAAAAUAUUUAUUUGUUUAUCGACCUUAACUCUGCCUUACUUCAGCUAGUACAGUUAACGUAGUUAGCUAACGUCAAGUUGCUGCUACUGCAUCAUCAUCAUCAUCAUCAUCAUCGUGGACUUACCAGGAAGUUUAAUUGUAUCAGUUAACGCAGCACAGCCAUGAGGACUUUUUGGACCAAAGCAGGUGUUUUAGGUUCGGUGUCCAUGGCUUUUGGUUCAAUGCUGUGGUCACAGAAGAAGACAGAACCGGACCAGACUGCUUCCCAUUACACCUCUACAGACACAAAUCCCAGUUCCCCCUACGAACUAAAAUUGGUCCAAGUCCUGUUCCGGCACGGUGCUCGAACCCCACUUAAGUCAAUACCUGAUGUGAUGGAGGCCCAAUGGGUUCCAACACUCUUGGAGCCUCCUGCACACACGCACAUCAACUAUGUAGUGACGGAUCUUCAAGGUGGCCCCAAGCCCCCAGCUCCUGUAGAAGACAGCUAUCGGAAAAACAUACUGACCGGUGGCACAUUCCCCGGUCAGCUGACCGCAGUGGGCAUGCAGCAGGUGUAUGAGCUGGGCAAGAGGCUGAGGAGGAAAUACAUUGAGGAGAGUCAUUUCCUCAGCUCCACCUUUAACCCAGCUGAAGUCUAUGUGCGCUCCACUAACAUUGUGAGGACCAUUGAAUCUGCCAAGUGUCUGGUAGCAGGACUCUUCCAACAAAAACAAAAAGAAAUUGUGCCUAUAUUAACAACGGAUGCAGAAUCUGAAAUCCUGUAUCCUAACUACAACGGAUGCAAGAUGCUCAAAAUCUUUGGCAGCCACCGCUGGGCAGAGUCGUCCACUCUGCCAGACAUUGCAGCAGACCUGCAGAGCAUCCAGAGUGCGUUGGGCAUUGCUUCUCACCAGCACGUCGACUUCAUCCUCAUUAGGGACGACAUGGUUGCCAGAGAGACACACGGCCUGCCCUGCCCACCAGUGCUGGACACAUGGAGGAAUACAGUGGAACAGAGAGCUGUGGACAUGAUCUGCCACGUGUACGAACCCAGCAAGAGUGAGAAUUUGCAGCUUUGUGUGGGACCCCUCCUGUACACAAUGUUAGCCAACAUUGAACAGAAACUACAGGGUACCUCAUCAGAGCCAGACAGGAAGUUGUUUUUGUACUCUGCACAUGACACCACUUUGAUCCCCUGUCUGAUGGCGCUGGGAGUUUUUGACAUGAGAUGGCCACCGUAUGCCGCCGAUAUCACUUUGGAGCUGCACAAACACAGGCAGACCAACAAGGCCUUCGUGAAAGUGUCAUACAUAGGCCAGGAUCAACUUAUACAAGGCUGUAGUGGAGUCUACUGCCCCCUGGAGGAGUUCAAACAGGCCCUCUCAGCAUACUCACUGAGCUCCGAACUCCACCAGUCUCUUUGCAACAAUGUCGAGGGCUUAACCAAGCCCUGAACCCUCAACAAACCUUCACCUCUCAACACAGUGCUACCCAUUACAUUAGACUCUGACAGUUACCACACAUCAUGUUUUAAUUUUAUUUUUUGACGUACUCAGUUCACUCCAUCCAACCACCCUCAGACAUUAUACCUCACUGUCGGAAUACACCAGGGGAAACUUUUUUGGAUCUUGGAUUAGAUCUUUUAGUUUACAUCACACUAAACUAUCUUCCUAUACAGUGUUUCCCCGAUAUCAGAUGCUUAGUGCACAGAUGUCCGUUUGCAUGCACUUCAUCUGUCUGUUUCAUAAUGAAGGCUGGCGAUAUUCCAUGUUUUUCUUACUGUCAGCAACUACUUUUUUCAGCUGUGGAUUGAUACAAAUUUGGUUUUCUAGUGAGUGAAUUUACAGCACCAGGACAGUCUAUGGUAUGUGUAAUGGACUCACAAUAAACUACCAUGCCCAAGUUCAUUGCUUAUAAAGGAACAUGCCAACCAGUGAAGUGGUGUAGAUCCUGUAUGUGUUUUUAAAUAGUUCUUAGACAACACUGGAGGUAUAUGGCACAGAUGAAUAAACUAUAUCAGGCUUUACCUACAUCGGUAAUAUUUAAGGUAAUUUUUUGCUGGUUUUGCUUUUUUUGGUGGUGUUGAAAAAAAAUAUGUGGCAUCGUCAGUGCCUGUAUUUGCUGAUGCAAUAAUUCUGCCCAUUUGGUUGUGUUCAAUCGAAAGAUCAUAUUCAAUAAUUUCAUUCCUCAGGGGGAUACUUCAUUUUAUGUACUGUAUCUGAUGUUUACUAACAAAGGGGUGCAGAAGUGGAUUGUAUAUUAGUGUGCGUGUCUAAGUGUUGGUGAAUGUCUUCAUAAUCACGUAGAAGCUGCAGAAGGGGAAUCAUUCUGCUGCAGUAUGUUUGAAGAAUGAAACAAUAGGUUGCCUACUUGUGGAGAUUUGUUAAUGGCAUCAGACCUGCACCUGAGUUAAUGUGUUACAAUAACACGCAUCGUAUUUCAUCAGGGGGAAGUUUCCCUUGACCUGCUGCUUAAAAUGUAAAUGGUUUGGUUUGUAGAGGUGAGGCAUAAAUAAAGAUUUUGAUCAGUG